AUGCCGUUUGCCCAGCUGGUAAUUGGACCUCCCGGAGCUGGGAAGUCCACCUACUGCAAUGGCAUGCACCAAUUUCUAGGCGCUAUCGGCCGGAAAUGCUCGAUUGUCAAUCUUGACCCCGCCAAUGACAAGACCUCAUACCCGUGCGCGCUGGACGUGCGCGAUCUUGUGACCCUAGAAGAGAUUAUGGAAGAGGAUCAUCUUGGCCCGAAUGGAGCUACCCUAUAUGCGCUUGAGGAACUGGAAGAAAACUACUCUUGGUUAGAGGGUGGACUGAAAGAACUCGGAGAGGAUUAUGUUCUAUUCGACUGCCCUGGCCAGGUUGAACUCUUCACACACCAUGCGUCCCUACGAAACAUCAUCUUCCAGAUCCAAAAGCUAGGCUACCGAUUAAUAGUCAUCCAUCUGGUCGAUUCGUAUACCUUAACUCUUCCUUCAAUGUAUAUCUCCGCCCUUCUCCUCUCCUUACGCGCCAUGCUCCAACUCGACCUCCCCCAUCUCAAUGUCCUCACCAAAAUCGACAAUCUCUCCAACUACAAUGAACUCCCAUUCAACUUGGACUACUACACCGAAGUCCAAGAUCUCUCAUAUCUACUCCCUCACCUAGAAGCCGAAAACUCCCGUCUCACAAACAGCAAAUUCAGCGCGCUGAAUGAAGCCAUCAUCACGCUCGUGGAAGAAUUCGGGCUCGUCAGCUUCGAGACGCUGGCCGUCGAGGAUAAGAAGAGCAUGAUGAAUCUUCUACGAGCCAUCGAUCGCGCGUCAGGAUACGCAUUUGGUCCUGCGGAGGGUGCAAACGACUCUGUAUGGCAGGUCGCUAUCCGAGAGGGCAUGGGCGUCACAGAUGUGAGAGACGUGCAAGAGCGUUGGCUCGAUAGGAAGGACGAGCAUGAUGAGCUGGAGAGGGAGAAUUUGAAAGAGGAGGCUAGAAUGCGUGACGAGGCACACAAAGCUGUCAACAGUGAUCCGAAUGAAAUGGAUGAGGAUGAGGACGUCACAAAUUGGAACGGUCCCAUGCCCGACAGCGGCGUGAAAGUACGCCGGAAGGCGUGA